UCGAAAAACCGGUGAUCUCCGGCUGCGACGCGGCGCAGGGCUUCGCCAUGGGGCUUUGGAGAUGGUUUUGGGUCUCUUUGCUGGUGGUCUCUUUGGCAGAGGAACUGAUGGAUGAGGAGGAGGAGGGUGAGGAUCUGGAGGAAACCAUCAGCAAGGACAAGCUGCGGGCACUGCAUGCGAAGUUCGACAAGAACGGCGAUGGCAAGGUCUCUCUGGCGGAGGUCCUGGAAUUUGCCGAUCACCAAGCCCACGCGAUUGCCGGAAGAGACGUGAAAACCAUCCUUGAGGAGAUUGAUGCAGAUAAAGAUGGAAAGUUGUCUUUGCAA